CGCAAUCUCUCUUAGCCUCUUGUCCCUUUUGCGCCAUCCUUUCUUCUAUUUCCUCGACGAUCUCUCCUAUACGCCCAUUCGUCUUCUCUUCAGUUCUCCGAUUAUUUUACGAUCCCGAAUAAUAAACUACAAACCCCAGCAAUCAGUUCAAAAUGGGCGAGUCGAGACAAGAACUUGUUGCAUGGCUCAACAGCCUCUUGCAACUCAACAUCACAAAGGUUGAGCAAUGCGGUACUGGUGCCGCCCUCUGCCAGGUUUUCGACAGUAUCUACAUGGACGUCCCCAUGUCCAAGGUCAAGUUCAACGUGAACUCUGAAUACCUGUACAUCCAAAAUUUCAAGGUUCUCCAGAACACAUUUGCCAAACACCAGAUCGACAAGCCGAUCCCUGUCCCUUCACUCAUAAAAUGCAAGAUGCAGGACAACCUCGAGUUCCUCCAAUGGACAAAGCGCUUCUGGGACCUCAACUUUCCCGAUCACGAGUACGAUGCCGUUUCCCGACGAAAGGGCGGCUCUAUGCCUCCUAGUGCUGCCGCUCCUAAACCCGUCUCUGCUACUACUGGCGCCGCUCGCCGUGGAGGCAGCACCCCUAGCGGUGGACCCCGCGUAGCAAAGGCCGCUGGACCCGCCACCGCUGCCCUGCAGCAGGAGAACGCUACACUGAAGGAGACAGUGGUUGGUCUGGAGCGGGAGCGUGACUUUUACUUCAGCAAGCUCCGAGAUAUCGAGCUUCUCGUUCAAACAGCUGUCGACGAAGACCCCGAGCUGGAGAAGCUGGAGGAUGGCCUCGUCAAGCAGAUCCAAACAAUUUUGUACUCUACAGAGGAGGGCUUCGAGAUCCCUGCCGAGGGCGAGGUGGACGACCAGGAGACUUUCUAAUCGUGCUGAUACCAUCAGUCUCUCGAGAGAUAUAAUGAACGCGACCACGAAUGUGCUUUGGGGACUACUGGUUUCUUUGAGGAGGCAAAAGGGCAUAAACUUGGAGUUGCGGACCCAUACUUUUGGGAGAGAUGUUGAGCAAUAGAAGCUGAAUAUUUCUCUUUACUUGUUCCGGAAGCGUAUUUAGUUCCUGAGGAUGAGUGCAAAAUUGAUCUUGUUGGACACCCAUGUACCGCCUCGAGUAACAUUGUGGGAGGUUAACAGGGACGGGACGGGCCGUAGCCAAUGGCCGAAGCUGUGGAUGGGAUAUACAAUAUAGCUAGAUGAGUCUAGCGACUUGGGAGAGUAAUAGAUGAGUUGUUUGCGAUAAUGGUACUGUUUUAAAUC